UAUAAAUCCAAUAUCAAAAUUUGUAUUUCGGUUUACUUUUUGGAUUCAAUUCUUUUUCCACAAGAUUAACAUAAAAAAAUUGUUAAAAAAUAACAUUAAAAAAAAAUUUGUUGCAAAUUUAGUUUGAAACGAAUUAUAAAUUUGCUUUCGUUAUAUUCGGCAAGAUGUUUGUUCGGGCACAAAAUACGGCACGGUUAACUAAAAAUAAUGUUAUACUCAUCGUUUUGAUGUUGGUAUCACUUGGCCAAUGUUUACCUUCGCCAAAAAUAAUUAAACGUAUGGCUGUGGAAGAUAAUGGAGCUAUGGAAUAUCCAGAUUACCAAACGGGUGUACAAUAUGAUGAGUAUCCUAUGGUUGUGCCGAAGAGAGCGGCUCUAUUACUUGAUCGAAUGAUGGUUGCUAUACAGAAAGCAAUGGAAGAUGAAAAAUCAGCUCAACGUAGUUCUGGAGGUAAUCGAUGGGUUUCUUCAGAUGAUUCAAAUUCUAAUCCAUGGAAUGCAACUAAAAGCACAGAACAUCAGAUGGAAUUACAACGUCGGGGUCAUGAAAGCAGCAGCGUGGAUGGUCAACAUCAUAAGGGACGAACAUAUUGGAGAUGUUAUUUUAACGCUGUUACAUGUUUUUAAAUAAAA